AAGGAAACCAAGGUUGUUGAGGUGUGUGGAGAACACGGCAGGCUGAAGGUUGCGGCUGGUUGCAGGGCCCCGUGGAAGCAGAAGAGCCGUGCCAUUCCCCCCUUUUGUCCUCUCAUGCCCCCCCUCCCCCCGUGUGUUCCCCCUGUGUGUAAGUGACCCCACACCCCCACCCGCCCCCAACCUGGUCCCUCCCGUUGUGCCGUCACUCCAUCCGAAGCACCCCUCUCACCCCAUGCUUGGGACAAAGCCAGCUCACUGCCAGCCCAAUGACUGCCUGGAUCGUCCUGCCUGUCAGCCUGUCUGCCUUCUCCAUCACAGGAAUAUGGAUUGUAUACGCCAUGGCUGUGAUGAAUCACCACGUUUGUCCUGUGGAGAACUGGUCUUACAAUGUGACGUGCACAGAGGAGCUGCCCCGACCAGGCUUCCCCAAGACAUGCUGCACCAUCCAGGACAUCCCACUCAUCAGUAAAUGUGGCUCCUUCCCUCCUGAGAGCUGCCUGUUCAGCCUGAUUGGCAACGUUGGAGCUUUCAUGGUGGUGAUGGUGUGCCUUCUGCGCUACGCCCAGGUGAUCGAGCAUAGCCACAGAUGUUGGGUCAACACCAGCGCUCUGGUGUCUGGCUGCACCAACGCUGUGGGUCUGGUCAUGGUGGGCAACUUCCAGGUCGAUCAUGCCAAAUCUCUACACUAUGUGGGCGCGGGUGUGGCAUUUCCAGCCGGGCUGCUGUUUGUGUGUUUGCAGUGUGUGCUCACCUACCGUGUAGCUGUCACUGCCCUCGACUACUGGAUGGCUCAUUUCCGGGUGGCACUGGCACUGGGAGCCAUGGUCUCACUCGUCCUCAGCGGUAUCUUCUUCAUCCACGAGAGCUUCAUCCUGCAGCACGCCGCAGCCAUCUGCGAGUGGGUCUUCACAGUAGACAUCCUGGUCUUUUACGGAACCUUCACCUACGAGUUUGGCACCGUCACCAGCGAGACCAUGAUGGCAGGCCUGCAGCGGAGUCACCACGGCUCAGGCGUUAUCAUAGGCCCCAGGGCCCGGGGCUCGACACUAAGCGGGGCAACUAAGGGCCUCAAGUCCCCCGGGGGGAGCAGCACAUCCACACAUCUCAACUGUACCCCGGAGAGCAUCGCCAUGUUGUAGCUCUGCAUCACUGCCCGAGGGUGUGAAAUGUCCCUGCAGAGGUGCUUCAUGGUCUCACGCAGCGAGACGAGAUGACGGAGGCAGCGUGUGGACGAAGAGAGUAAGGUCUGAUAUCUUAAAGCAUUGAACCAACACCAGGUUGACCCCAACUAUAAAACUAUACCAUUGUUUUAUUUCUAUUACCAUUGGUGCAAGCCCCUGCACCUACAUGUACUGUAACAUUUUCUGUAGCGAUGUCUUGAGGAGGGCUGAAUGUGUGGAGCCAGUGUGAAUGCUGGAACCAUGAAUGUUUUUAAAAUGGCUGUUGAUUUUGGCAGUUUUUCAUUGGAAUAGGUUUUAGUUUGGUUUUCUUUAAAUAACUGUGUGUCAUGGUGGAAAAUGUAAAUUACUUAAACCCACAAGGUAUUUUCUCCCCCCCCACAGACACCCCUUCAAAUGCUUCUGCGUGGCCCACCUGUUCUGGCCUUUAGCUUAUCUCUGCACGGCACACUUUUUUGAAUGAGAGAAUAACAAUUUUGCGUUUGCGUAGUGAGUAGAAAACACUGAAUGUUUGAGAUGUGAAUAGUUAACAGUUAUGUAUGUUUUACAGGCUGUAAGCAUAUGGCCUUUUUAAAAAUCAAUCAAGCAGAAAUCAUCUGUCAAAUGAUUUGGCAAAAAAAAAUCAUUGCUUUCACCUGACAAUUUGAUUUAGUUGCAAAGAUGAUUUGAAAGCAAAUUUUGAUGGUAUUUUUAAAUCAUUUUACAUAAUAUAUGUAUGUGUAUCUUCAGCCAUUGUCAUUCCUGAGGUCAUGAUCCAUUUCACUGACAUAUGCAAAAAAAAAAACUGGUCUGCUCUGUUGUCUACAGCAGAGUAGGGCCACUUAAAGGGGAAGAAAAUCAGAGACUUUUAGAAUGUAAACGUAACAUUCGGAGAAUAUAGUCGUAAUUUAAUGAGAACAUUUUUUUAUUUUUUGGGGGAAAUAAACAGCGAGUUGUACUCUUUCUAGUUUGAGUUCCAAAAUCUUGGACCAAUCCCAUUGUUUCUUGAGAAACUGAAAAUCCUUUGAAUAUCACAUAGAUGUGACCAACGAUAGACCACUACCCAACAAUCCCUCCUCCACACAAGAGGCAACAAGUCAGUGUGGCUUUCUGCAGAAUAGACAUAUUUUGUACAAUCUUUUCAGUCCUGGUACUUGUGAUAAUGUAAUAUUAUAACUUUAUUCUUGUAAAAUUACAGCUUUUUUCUUGUGAUACCAAA